GAACAACGAUAAACUAGGGCUUUAUUUGGUCGCUUGUAUACACAGUACAGUACUGUCCAAUUACCAACGCCAUUGUUUUCCAUUCCAAAAUCAAUCUCUCUCUCUCUCUCUCUCUCUCUCUCUCCAAUUACUACGCAAUUUCAAUCGGCCCAAAAUCGAACAGAUGAGUCUUGCGGCGGCUGAAUCGCCACAACAUUCGUCGAGCAGCGACGACUUUGCUGCAUUCCUGGACGGAGAGCUAGAUUAUACUUCCGACACGCUACCUGACGAGGAAGACGAGGAUGAGGGUGAUACGGGCAGGGUUAAAAGGCGAAAGGUGGAGGUUCAGGAAGGCGUGGAGGGUCCUGAGGGUUGUUCAACUUCGCAGCUAGACAUAGAACAAAUUUUAGAAGCAUCUACUGAGGAGGACAUGUGCAAGCAUCCUGGUUUUAUUUCGGGACUGUGUUAUAUGUGUGGGCAUAAGGUGGAUGUAGAAAAAUAUGAUUCAGUUGCAUUGACGUAUGUACAUCAGGGGAUGAGGGUUGUUACUGAUGAAAUUGCUCGAGUAGGAAAGAAUGAGUCAAAGAAAUUGUUACGUCAAAAGAAGCUUUAUUUGGUUCUUGAUUUAGACCAUACACUGCUCAAUUCAACUCGGCUUGUAGAUGUAACACCAGAAGAGGAAUAUUUGAAGAGCCAAAUAGAUUCUCUACGAGCAAAAGAUAUUUCAAGAGGCAGUUUAUUCAGAUUGGACUUCAUGAACAUGUUGACCAAGUUGAGGCCAUUUGUUCGUACCUUCCUGGAAGAAGCAAACAACAUGUUUGAGAUGUACAUAUAUACCAUGGGGGAACGUUCUUAUGCAUUGCAAAUGGCAAGUUUGCUAGACCCUGAAAAAGUAUACUUCAGAUCUGGAGUCAUUGCAAAAGAUGAUUCCACUCAGAAACAUCAAAAGGGUCUUGAUGUGGUACUGGGGCAAGAAAGUGCUGUUCUAAUUCUUGAUGAUACAGAAUCGGUGUGGGCAAAGCACAAGGAGAACCUGAUACUGAUGGAAAGAUAUCAUUUCUUUGCCUCAAGUUGUCGGCAAUUUGGGUUUAAUUGUAAGUCUCUAUCUGAGUUGAAAAGUGAUGAAACUGAGACUGAAGGGGCACUUGCUUCCGUUCUUAAAGUCCUUAAGCAGAUACAUAGUAUGUUCUUUGACUCGGAACCGGGGGCUGAUCUUGCAGACAGAGAUGUAAGACAGGUUCUAAAAACAGUAAGGAGGUCAGUCCUGAACGGGUGUACAGUUGUCUUCAGCCGGGUUUUCCCAACUAGAUUCCAGGCCGAAAACCAUCAUCUAUGGAAGAUGGCGGAGCAAUUGGGAGCGAUUUGCUUGACAGAAGUGGACCCAUCAGUGACACAUGUGGUGUCCACCGAUACUGGAACGGAGAAGUCUCGCUGGGCCCUUCAGGAGAAGAAGUUUCUGGUCCACCCACAAUGGAUCGAAGCCACCAACUAUUUCUGGCAAAAGCAGCCGGAAGAUAAGUUUCCGGUAAGCCAACCGAAGAGCCAGUGAUUUAUCUCCCUUUAGAGCUAACCCGAAGUUUGGUAGCUAAAGUAUUGGGUGUAUAAGAUACUACUUUGUAUGUCUGAUUUUCCAAUACUGGUAGCUAAAGUCCUGGUUGAUUACAUUCACCCUGCCAUUUUUGUUCAUUGUUUUCAUUCGAUUUUGCUGUUUUUGGUUACACGCUUUUGGGAACUUAUUUGACUCCACUGAUGAGGGUAGAUUGACAUUGUAACUGUAAUUUAGGACUUGGAGGAAACAGUAGAAUGUACUUUUUAACAGAAGAUAUACUCAAUGUAAAUGUUGUUUGCCGACAAAA